AUGUUCCACGUGCAAGGAUCCUUCGAGCAAUCACUUCGCUGCGGCGACGAAGUGUCACCUAGCGGUAACAAAACAUUGGCCGCUUUGGCAAAAAUCCACAAACAUUGUACAGGCAAAGCACAUGCUAAUGGAUGCGCUGACCAUAAACUUAAUCCGCUAGCUAAAUCAGAUUCAAACACCAGUUUGCAAUCACGCAAAUCCUUCCGUAACGAAUGCAUAAUAGAAAUCAAAGAAUCUGAUAAGAAUAAUCAGAACUCUAUCAAAAGUAAUGACGGAUUGUAUAGCAAAAGCUUUAGCAACAGCACCAGCUCAUAUGAAGGUCACAGUGACACUGAUUCAGAAAACACAUUCAAAUCACGUUCAGAUCAAAGCAAAACAACUGACCCGUGUGAACGUCUGUUCGCACAGAAUACUAAAGCAUCCCUGAUGAAAACUGCUCGCAUGAGAUAUGCUGAUGACAGCAUUAUAUCAGCUCUCCAAGACGAAGUAGAUGGAGAAAAGGUUAAACAACCUUUUUGUAGAACUCCGCUUCGAGGAAGCUACAGAGAAAGAAAGUCAGCUGUAGUUACUAUUGAAGAAGUAAAAUCAGAUGGUUCUAAUCAAGACGAGGAGCUAGCUAACGCUGUGCUUUUUGAUGAAAAGAGAAAAACUCCGACUCAAACAAAACCUGGUUUACAAAGGAAGAGUUCUUCAGGAAGCACCGUUAGUAAUGGGAAGCCUGUUAAUGGGACAAAACCUCCAUGGAGGGGAGCUAGUAAGAAGGGAAUACCAGCUGAACCAUUCGUGAGAACUCCCUCAUUUAGAGGAAGUAUCAGAAAGAAAACGACGAAGAAUGAUGGGAUACCGUGGAAGAAGUUGUAUGAGCUCUCCCUUUGGCGCCGAUAUGGCGUGAGCUUUGCUUCUGUUGGAGCUGAUGCUGAGCGGGCCUUGCUUAGGCCUUGGAAUGAGCUGUCUUCCCAACCGGAGCCACAAUUUCUUUUGUUGACUGGGUUCGUAUGCAAACGUCUUGCUUCAUUUCUGAAGGUCGUGGCCCUGAAAGGCUUUCAUUGCUCUCUGUGUUAUUUCCCUCCAUCUUGUCCUGUUUUCGGCUUCUCUCAGUGCUUUCGUAACAGUGAGUCCAGUGUAGUUGGUAACUUGGUCACACCAUCGGCUAGGUGUAGCUAG